AUGUCAUGCAUCUACCACUAUGCGAAUCAGGAUUCAUCUGGCGUUGUCUUUGUGAUUGGUUUAGAAUGUUUUGUGAAGGAGAACCGGAUAUGGAUUCGGGGGAUUCCUCGUCAUUGGAGACAGUUUUACUGGGUCUCUAAAAGUCAAGAUUGGAUCGAAGAUGCCACGACGGACUUCAUUUUUUCAAUUGUCUUCGUAAAAUUACGGAUUAACAUAACACAGACAGAUUAUUGGAGACUUCUCUUAACUGUACAAUUUAUUCACAUCCAUAUUCCGAUAAAAGUAAAUGCAUCUGUUUCACCGAUUGAGGAGAAUAAAUCUAAUUUGUUUUCGCAUCGAUCUGACUCGUAA